ACGGGGCAGGCGGGUCGGAGAUUUGAUCGGGGGCUCGGCCGGGGGAGAGGCAUUCCAGCUGAGGGAGGAGUGAGUGCGGAGCAGCAGGAGGACGGAAGAGGGAAGGCGAGGAGAGGAGGGGAGGAGAGGGGACGACGGGGGCUCCUCGAGUCCUGAGCUCAAUUCUGGAGUAUAUGGGCUUGGGGUGGUGCGGGAUCGAGCGAGGAAGAAUGCCAGCAUUGCAUCAGCUCCUCGGCGCACCGUCCGAGCGUGCGUUCAGAGCCGAUUUUUCGCUCAUAUAAAUAUUGCAGCGUGUCAGGAAUUGGUGGAGAGUUUGAAAUAGAUGGUGAGAGACAGACAAGGGCGCUUUAUUCUUCGUUGGAUUGAAUGAUUGGCAGCUCGAGGGGCGGCCUGGUGUUGGAGAGUGUGACGACGAGCUGCGACGCCAAGUGAGAGGUGAGACGUGAGACGUGAGUGCAGUGCAGUGCAGUGUCGAGUAGAACCAAAUUUUCAGCGUCGUUUUGCCGGCCAGCCGAUCCAACGAGGAGUCUACGACUCGACAGAUCUGGAGUGUAUGCCACGGAGCGAGCGAGCGAUAGAGAACUGGUGCAGUGAGGCAGCUGCAAUCUGAGUGUCCGUUUCUGCCGUCUGCGUUCUGUGCCAUCCCUUUGUCUCUCUCCCUUCUCGAGGUGCACGAGACAGAGAGCACAUUCUCCCACCAGGAGCAACAAGCACAUGAGCCAGUGAGCACCGAAGCCUGACACCAGCAUUUCGACGGGAGCCUCGUCCUGCUGCGACAUCUGCUUUGCUCAUCAUCCUUGAACCACUCACUCACUCACUACAAGCGAGCAUAGCGCCCGAGCUCGAGCACUCAAGGCAGGACAGGACAGGGCGCACAUUCCGGUGGGGAUUCAGAGCCCUCGAGAGCCUUGCUGCUGCACGCUUGCCCUCUCGCUGCUUGGCUCGGCCCAUAAAUGCCGUCAUGCGUCGCGCUCGGAUGUUGCGCCCCCGGGAGGACGAGGAAGCAGCACCGUAGUGUGGUCGAAGCGCCCGUGCAUUCAUCUCGACCCCGACGGGUGCCUGAGCUCCGAGCUCUCUUCUAGCGAGCGCCUUAACUUGCAGUCCUGCAGUGCAGCAGUCCAAUGACGAACUGACUGACGCACUCAAUCACUCGCAGCAGGACUCCCCUCCACCGUAGCCUUCCAUUCAUUCACUCACUCACUCACUUACUCUCUCUCUCUCUCACGAGGAAGUACAGUGCGCUGAUAUUGCGAAACAGGAGCAUCGUUGUCCCACUCGCUCGCUCGCUCUCUGCAUCCCCCAUUCGACGACCCUCCAUUGCCCGUCCACGGAUCUCGGACCGCGCUCGAAAUCUGGCGGCAUUGUGGCACUGUCGCGAGCUGCGUUGUCCACUCGAACACGCUUUCUUCGCAAGUCAGUUGCGCUCCUGAGUGAGUGAGUGCCUCGAGAAAAGAGCAGCAGCAGCAGCAGCAGCAGAGAUUGGCUGUGCUCGAGAUCUCUCCAAGUCUCUGUAUCGGGUCUUAGCUCUGGCAGUGUCACUGCUUGUCUGCUCCUCGUUGUCCCAUCCGGUUGCCUCGGGCAUUGCGUUUGUGCAAGUGCUGCGAGAGUCUACGGCAGCGAUGAUGGUCUAAGCCUGCUUGCUGGUGUCGGACACAAUGGAGCAUGUACUGCUCAAAGCGUGUUCUCUCCUGAGGCUGCUAGAGCAACUUCUGGUGCUCUGAGCCCCGGUACUGUUGCUGCAGUCCCACAUUUGGCUUAAUUCGGGCAGGUCUCUGGAGGUUGUGCACCGCAGCUGGAGCUGCUGCUGGGGACGACUCUUGUGUGGAGCAGUCAUUGUCGCUGUGAGAUCUUCCGACCAUCGGAUUUCAAGGAAACAGCGUCAUUUGUCAUCCAUGGUCGAAUUUCAGCGUGACUGAGAGCAGAUGUGCAGAUUUGGGACUGAACUUCUCCCUCGCUCGAAGUCUGCGAGAUUGAGAUUUUGAUUUAGAUUGAGAUUGAGCUCGGGCGUGAUUGUGAGCCUCAGCUCUAGCAUCCGUUAGGUGUAUUAGUCUGCAACAGAGCUUGGGAGAGGUAGGAAGGGAGGAGCCAGGUAGGAGGAGAAGCAGUCAUCAAACAGGUGGUGGAGGUCGAUUCAUUCAGCCGAGGAAGCGCAGUUGCCAGAAGCAGAGCACCAUGUCGAGAAGUUUGUUGCAGCAGCUGGUGGCGCCACCUGAAUCAGCGCAAGCAGUGCAACCGCCUUUCCGUGAGAGCUCGAACAAAAAUAAUGGAACGAUCAACGACAUCGUUGUGGUCAUCGUCUCCGUCAUCGCCUCUAUGGCCAUGGUUUCCCUGCUCGUCGCCUUCUUAUACUACUGCCACAUUCGGAGAAAAGUCCGUGGCAUCGCCUACCAACGCCAUCUGAAACAGAGCCUGGCAGAGUACACGCAGCCUCCUCCCGCGACAUCACCGUCCGAAGCGCAGGUGUUCACCUACAAGCAGCUACAGCACGCCACCAACAACUUCAGCCCGGUGAAUAUCGUCGGCCAUGGUGGCUUCGGGUCCGUGUUCAGGGCUGUCCUCGCCGACGGUCGAUGUGCAGCAAUUAAGCAGCUCGACCGGGCCGGAAAACAGGGCGAGCAUGAAUUCAGAGUGGAGGUGGACAUGCUCAGUCGGUUGCAGUCUCAGUUCCUGCUGGAAUUGCAUGGAUACUGCGCGGAUCAAGACCAUCGCUUGCUCGUGUACGAGUACAUGCCCAAUGGAAGUCUCCAGGAGCACCUCUACUCUGACGGUUCAUCCGGAAAUCCUCCGUUGCUGGACUGGGGCACGAGGCUCCGAAUAGCUCUCGAUGCAGCUCGUGGUCUCGAGUACCUGCAUGAAUUGGUUAGCCCGCCCAUUAUUCAUCGGGACUUCAAAAGCAGCAACAUCUUGCUGGACGAGAACUUCAAUGCCAAGGUGUCCGACUUCGGUCUGGCCAAGCUGGGUUCGGACAAGAUUGGAGGAUACGUGUCCACUCGCGUCCUCGGAACCCAUGGCUAUGUCGCUCCCGAGUAUGCAUUGACGGGACAUCUGACCACCAAAUCAGAUGUGUACAGCUAUGGCGUGGUCUUGUUAGAGCUUCUCACUGGUCGUGUACCGGUGGACAUGAAGAGGCCUCCUGGACAAGGAGUCCUGGUGUCCUGGGCUCUGCCCCGUCUCACGGAUCGAGAGAAGCUGAUUGAGAUGGUGGACCCAGUGCUUCAAGGCCAAUUUGCCGUCAAGGAACUCAUCCAGGUGGCAGCAAUUGCAGCCAUGUGCGUGCAGCCCGAAGCGGAUUACCGACCUCUGAUGACGGAUGUGGUGCAAUCGUUGGUUCCACUGGUGAAGCAACGGGCGACUUCCAAAGUUGUCUGCACACCCAAUUUCCAUCAUCAAAUCGUCACACUGAAAUCCUCCUCGAUCGACAGUGGAAGCAGCGGACAUGGCCACAGCUAACUCGGAAGAAGUGGCUGAUCAGUUCCGAGCUCUCUCUCGAUCAAAUACUGCUGCUCUCGAUCUUCGGACUCGAACAUCCGAAGUUUGGUGCAUUGUGUGUACAACAUCUCCAUGAGAAAGGUCCCGGCCGUCCUUCGCAUUCAAGGCAACCUGAAGGCGAAGACCCACCAUCACCAGAAGGAUCAAGAUUCCUCGGAGCCGGUUUCAGACUCUUGAAUUGGUCGUUCGCUCGCUCGCUCAACCUCCAUGUCAACUCUCGUCUAGUGCCUGCCUCGAGUGUGUGAGAAAAGCUCGCCGAUGCAUCCAUCACUCUGAACAACAUCAGGAUCAACGAGGUAGCAGAAAACACUCUUCUGCCCGAGGGACUUGUAAAGGCCAGCAAGAGUGGUGGCAGAUUCGUGGGCUGGCAGUGCCAGUAACUCCGGUCAGCUCAGCCCAUUAGGACCAAGCCCACGCGAGCACCACCACCAUAGAUGUAUGAUAUCCACCCCCACUACACUACAUGAGGCCGAUUCUCUGAUCAACGACAUGUUGCUGACCGGCUCUAGCAGAUAGGAUCCAGAGGAAUUCGCUCUGGAGGCAAUCAGGUUACCGAAGGUGUGAGAACUGGUUAGAUAAGACCGUCCUUCGGCGAGACGACGUAGGGUUGUUGUUGUUGUAGCACUUGAGUUUGCCUGGAGACAUGUGUUGUGAGCACAUGAGCACAAGUUUUGCUUCGAUGCUUCACUCUAGAUGUUGUAUAAAUUUCCUUCUAAUAGAUUAAUGGCCACG